UUUACUUUUUUCAUGCUUUUAUUUGCGUUUAGUGCUUUAAUAUUUACUGCUUGUACAAAUAAAGUGAUUGCAAUGAAUAAAUAAUAUAAACAUAUUUAAAUUAUUUUCCUUUUUUAUGUCACAGCUACAGAAGUCUCCUGAUGAAGGCGGUGAACCAAGCGCAAAAAAAGGCAAAAAUGUCUAAUCAAAACAUUGCUGAAGCACUGUUAGGUACUACAAAGUACAAAAGCAAUGCCAGAGAAUAACAGGUAAAAGAGGAGGCUAUAGCAAAAUGGAUUGGACGGUCAGGGUUACCACUGACUACAGUAGAAGAUGAGGACUUUAUUCUCAUGAUAGAAGCAUUUGAUAAGAAGUUGACAGUGCCAAAGAAAACAAAAAUAAACAAUCUGAUUGAAAAACACUAUGAGGAAGAAAUGACAAAGUUUAAGAAACGACUGUGUGGUGCUCGUAAAGUGUCAAUUGGAAUUGACCUAUGGACUAAAAAGGGACUGUCUGCAUCAUUCCUUGGCAUAAGUUGUUGCUUUUUUUGUGUUGAUCAAAACAAUCCAGAACACAUCCUGCUCGCUCUUGAACAAGUUGCCCAUCCACACACUGCCCUGUCCAUUAAGGCCUGCGUGGAUAAGUGCAUGCAGGAAUGGGGCAUUUCAAAUGACAAAAUUCUGACCGUAAUAACGGACAAUGGUAGCAAUAUGGUAGCAGCAUUUAAACACACUACUCAAGAAGAAGAAGAGGCUAGCUCAGAUGAUCAAGAGGAGUCCCCCCGAGGUGAAAGUGAUUCAGAGGAGGAGACUGAAGACCAUCGCUAUCAAAACAUGGAGAUGGAUAUGGAAAGGAUGCCAUGUGUGGUUCACACGCUGCAGCUUGUGGUCCACAUGCUAAACAAGGAGGCAAGUGUGAAGCGAAUCCUUGACAAAGCACGAUCAAUUGUGAAGCUCUUUCGCAAGUCAUCUGUUGCAACACAGAAGAUUUUGGAUAAGUGUGGCCUAAUUGUUUUGAAUGAUUGUCCCACGCGCUGGUCAAGUACAUAUUACAUGAUUGCACGACUCCUCAAAGUUAAAGAUCCUCUUUGUGAAAUAGUGAACGAGAUGGGGUGGGACAACUUACUUUCUAGUGAGUGGCAGAAGCUCAGCUCAUUGCAUGAACUCAUGUUGCCUUUUGCCGAACACACACAGACUCUUCAGAGUGACACAAUGUCUAUGUCACUGAUCGUCCCUGCCCUCUUAGAUUUGCAUAGCCACCUUACUGAUUUUGAAGAAAACACAAGUCAUCGGGAUUUUGCCAAUCUAGCACGAAAAAUGAAAGUUAAUUUAAACCAGCGCUUUGCCUGGGUAUUGGAUUCAUCAGAUGAAAAGUUCUCUCCACUUGUUGCUGCUGCUUUCUUUCUCAACCCUACUGUGUGUGAUACUCUCCUUGAUGUGGCUGAUGACAGUGUUCAGGAACUUUUUAAGCAGGCAGAGGGGUAUGUGGUCCAGUGCACUCAGAGUCAAGAGAAACUGAAUGGACCAGAGCCUGACCCUGAACCACCAUCCUCCUCCUCAAGGCAGCCAGUCUUCAGAUUUCUGUCCAAAUGCCGUGCAAAGUCUAAACCGAAGUCAUCCACAUGUAGCAUCAGGCAGCAACUAAGCAAGUAUAAGGAGGAGCUCUCACAGCCCAUUACUUGUGAUUCAGGAAUCCAGUUUUGGCUUGGGAAAUGUGACACAUUUUAUCACAGCUUGAAACCAUUAGCAUUAGAUCUGUUAGCAAUGCCGGCUUCGCAAGCUUUUGCAGAGAGGGUUUUCAGUGUCACAGGUGACCUAACCAGGGGAAAGCGUAACAGAGCAAAAGUCACUUUAGCACGAAGUGCUUUCUUGAAAAUGAAUAGAGGUAAAAAAGUGUUACUAUUCUGUGGUUGAAUUGCCAGCAUUGUGGUAGCAAGAAGAAAAUGUCGUUCAGUGCACUUUAGAUUCGAAAUUAAAAAUGUUUGCACUUAUUGUUCAGCU